GGAACCCGCCGGCCGCAGGGAGCACCGCCCGUCUCCGCGCUCGCUCCUCGUCCUCGGGCGGGCUGGCGGGCCGGGCUGGGCUUCGUCACCCUCCUCAGCUUCGUCUCCCGCUUCUACCGCCUACCCGAGCCGCCGCACGUCUGUUGGGAUGAAACCCACUUUGGGAAGAUGGGAAGUUACUACAUUAACCGGACCUUCUUCUUUGAUGUCCAUCCUCCUUUGGGGAAGAUGCUGAUUGGACUUGCUGGCUACCUGAGUGGAUAUGAUGGAACGUUUCCUUUUCAAAAGCCAGGGGACAGAUAUGAACAGCACAACUACAUGGGAAUGAGAGGGUUCUGUGCAUUCCUUGGCUCCUGCCUGGUACCCUUUGCCUACCUCACAGUGCUAGAGCUGUCCAAGUCUCUGCCAGCAGCCUUACUCACAGCUUUCAUCCUUAUUUUUGAUACAGGCUGUAUUACUUUGUCUCAGUAUAUUCUGCUUGACCCCAUUCUGAUGUUCUUCCUUAUGGGAGCUGUUCUGAGUAUGGUGAAGUGUAACUCCUGUGCAGAUAGGCCAUUCUCUGCCUCCUGGUGGCUGUGGCUGAGUCUGACAGGGGUGAACCUUGCUGGAGCAAUGGGGGUGAAGUUUGUUGGCCUUUUUGUGGUCCUGCUGGUUGGUCUGAAUACAAUCUAUGACCUUUGGGACUUGCUGGGGAACCUCAGCUUGUCACUGGUCAUGUUUGGGAAACAUUUCCUAGCUCGAGUGCUCUGCCUCAUCUUGCUUCCACUCACCCUCUAUGUGGCGAUGUUUGCUGUUCAUUUUGCAGUAUUAAAUAAAAGUGGUCCUGGGGAUGGUUUCUUCAGUUCUGCCUUUCAGUCCCAGCUGAUUGGGAACAAUCUUCAUAAUGUCUCCAUUCCAGAGCAUUUGGCCUAUGGGUCUGUGGUCACGAUGAAGAACCUUCGGAUGGCAGGGGGUUACCUACACUCCCACUGGCACCUCUACCCAGAGGGUGUUGGGGCUCGCCAGCAGCAGGUCACAGCCUACUUACAUAAGGAUUUGAAUAACCUGUGGAUUAUAAAGAAGCAUGAUUCAGAUACAGAUCUGUUGGAUUCCUCCAGCCCUGUGGAGUUUGUGAGGCAUGGAGACGUCAUUCGCCUGGAACAUAAAGAAACUUCUAGAAAUCUUCACAGUCACCAGCAUGAGGCUCCCCUGACAAGGAAGCACUUUCAGGUCACUGGCUAUGGCAUAAAUGGAACAGGAGAUUCCAAUGACUUCUGGCGGAUUGAGGUGGUGGGCAGAAGGGCUGGGAAGCUCAUCAAAGUCCUACGGAGUAAGAUCCGGCUAACACAUGUGGCCACAGGGUGUAUUCUGGGCUCUUCUGGAAAGACUCUGCCAAAGUGGGGUUGGGAACAAGUGGAAGUCACCUGCACACCAUAUGUGAAAGAGACUCCAAAUUCCCUCUGGAAUUUUGAAGAUCAUAUAAACCCUAAGUUGCCUAAUAUCAGCCUGGAUGUUUUGAAGCCUUCUUUUUUGGAAAUUCUGCUAGAAUCCCACAUGGUUAUGAUCCGGGGAAACAGUGGCCUGAAACCAAAGGACAAUGAAGUUACAUCCAAACCCUGGCACUGGCCCAUCAACUACCAGGGUCUGCGUUUUUCUGGUGUCAAUGAGACAGAUUAUCGGGUUUAUUUGCUAGGAAACCCGGUGGUAUGGUGGCUAAAUCUGUUCACUAUUGGGCUAUAUCUUCUGAUAGCAAUUUCCACUGCAGUGGUGCUGAAGAGAGGUGUCCAACUGACUUCUGAAUACAAAGAGCUGUCUCGAGUUGUGCUCUGUGGCGGAGGACAGGUUGCUCUGGGCUGGCUCCUUCAUUACCUACCCUUCUUCAUGAUGGGCCGAGUUCUCUACUUUCACCACUACUUUCCUGCCAUGCUUUUUUCCAGCAUGUUGACAGGAAUCACCUGGGACACACUACUCAAGUUUUUUUCUCAGUUCUUGUCAGCCAGCACUACAGCUAGAAGAGUUUAUGGAGGGGGGAUCCUGGCGCUGAUUCUGCUCAUCAUGUACAGCUUCUACCUCUUCCAUCCUCUGUCCUACGGGAUGAUAGGACCCAUGGCAUCUGACCCCAGCAGCCCCAUGGCAGGACUCCAGUGGAUGGACUCCUGGGAGUUCUAGAGCCACCGAAGAGCAUCUGGGGACAAAGAAUAAGAAGCAUGAGGACUGCUGCACGUCAAGCUGGUUCUGCCGCUUUGGAGGACAUGUAAAGUGUCCUCUCUGGUGAACUCUGGUUGUAGUAACCCUGUUGCUCUGGCAUUUGUUUGCACUGUCUGCAUUAGGAGAUGCAGAAGCUAAUCCUCUUAGAAAGACUCAUGAAUCUUUAGGUGAUAUUCCUGGACAACUGGCUGGUUAGAUCUCAGUUCUGCUGAACAAUGUACUGGGACUCUUCACAAGCAAACACAAGCAAAAGUGGCAUUCUAGCAGUCAGACCUGUACAAGUUGGGGACUGUGUGUAGUUGAAUGUUCAGCUGUGUUUGUCUGUCUUCCUUCUUGUGUCAUUGCAGUUUGAGAGCCAGAUAGUGUCCAGAUAUUGAAACAUGAAUCAUGCUUCAUGACCUUUCCUAUAGUAAGGUUUUUCUUAAAUCUUCAAAUAAGCACGUGGGGAUCUCCUUAGUGGCUGUCUGCAUUUUUUUUUUUUUGCUCCAACCUUGAAUUUUUAGAAUUUGAGUGAAAGAGGUCUGCUUGAACCACUCCUGAACCAUUGUGCCUCGUCCGUCUCCCAGGCCUUUUGCUGACAGAGGAGAUGGAGAUUGUUUACCCCCUUAUACUGCCUUGCUUUCUAGUCACUCUUAAUCAUUUAUAACAAUAACCUGUGCAAUGGCCUGUGCCAGACUGCUUCAGCACUGCACUUUGUAUCUUCUUUCCAGUUCUGUCAGACACUGCUAAGGAAAUUACAGUGGGAACAGCAGGUGAUUUGUUUUCUGCCCCAGUGUGCUGUGAAGGCUGAUCUUUGGGUGCUUGGGACUGAAAUGAUUGGGUGAAAAGUUUAGAUAGCUGUCAUUUGUCUUUUGAUCCCAGCUAUCUCAAUGCCUCUAUCUCUGGUUUUAGAAAAAAGGCUUUAUCCUAAGGAAAAUAGCAGCUGCAGAACUGGCCAUUGGCACUUGCACACUGUAUUCCAAUAUUGAGCGUGUUCCCUCCCGUAAAUAGCUGUCCAUUUAAUUAUGUCCAUUUAAUUACUAUAUAGAAGAAAAUGUGAGGACAGGCUAAAAUUCUUUAAGUGUCAGGAGCUCUUGGAUGCUAAAUCCACCCCUUCCAUGAAGGUGGAAUGUUAUUUAUCAGAUGCCUUUCUCCUUAGGUCUAUUUUUGUAAAUGUUCUUUGUAUUCCAUCUCCAGUUCUUUACCCAGUUUGAAUUUCUUGCCACAAUCCUUGGUUGCUACUUAGACUUCAGCUGUGUUCCUGUUUCAAGAACUAAUAUUUGCAAAACUCUUUAUGUAUGUCUCAAGGAACUCAGGCUUCUCUUUUCAGAUUUCUUGCUCUGCUUCUCAGCCUUCCAUUAAAGCUUGGUUACAGGUCUGUGUGUCUGCUAAAACAUCAGUUGUUCAUUCAUUUAUCAAACUUUGAAUUCUAAUGCAACUCAUAAAGCACAGAAGGGCUGUGCUAGCAUCCCCAAGACAGUUUUCUAUGUGAGGGACUGGGACUCUAGUCAGACUGCCUUUCAUUCCUUUUCAGUAGAGGAGCCAUAGGCAGCUGCUUGCUGUUGUAAGCUUCUGGCUCAGAGUGCCACAGCUCUCUCCAGAAGCUGACUCCUAUAGAAACUAACACAGAUGGCCUGUGAUUUUGAUUCUAAAGGUUUUGAGUUUAUCACCUGCUGAUAGUUCAUCAUGGGAAGCUGUUACACUAAUUAGCUACUGGAUUUGAUGAUUCUUUUCCACUUGCCUGUUGCAAGAAGUGCUCCCACCUGCAGGAGCCAGGGGUUCACAGAGAUGAUACAUAGAGAAGGAUGUGGAAGAGGCUGCAGAAGAGCUGUCCUGCUUUAUCUCACAGCAGCUGAGAAUUGUUAACUGUUGGCAACAUGGCAGACAGGCAGUGCAGUGCUGCCUUUGUAGCAGUGUGAUUCAGUAUCUUUGCUCUGGGCGAGACUAUCAGCCUAAUGCCUUGCUGUCCUAGGUAUGAGUUUUUCCUACAGUAGUCCUAUUGUCAUGGAGAGGAAUUUCCAUAAGUGCUGAUAAAAGCUGUGAUUUGAAGUGCAGGGAUUUUUCCAGCCUUUAAUUUUCAUUUAAUGUUAACAGCAACAACAACAAACAAACAAACCUGGAAAACUUACGGAAUGAUAAUUUCUAACAUUUUUUAUCUGUCAUCUUAAAUCUGAAAGCACAAAGCAGCUCAGUGACCUCAGCUAUUUUGGUAAUGUUGAAGGCGUUGGCAUUGUAAGAACUGCCUGAGGAAGACGAGCCAGUGUGUUCCUUGGGUCAGAGUACUUUGGUCCUCUGUUGCUAAUAGCAGUGGGUGGGCAUUGGUGGCUCAAUAGAGACGAAGGGUGUGUUGUUUUCUUUUUUCUUCUCUUUGUGGUAGCCAAUUCAGAAAUUCCCUCUUGAGAACAGUCAGUUGGCAUUGAGACUGGCCUGCUUGUUAAGUGUUAUGUGCUGGUAGUGGCGUGGAGACAUACAGUGAAAAAAAUACAAAUAUUCCACCAGGGGGAGCAACAUCCAGCUGAUUUUUUUUUUUUUUUUUCUUUAAUCUGGACUUAAAAACAUUAAAAGGUUGACGUUUGAAGACUAGAAGGCAGACAUGAAAAAAGAACACAUUGCAUCUGCCACUUCUGGGCUCCAUGGGUUGGGUUUUCAAGUAAAUGGAGUGAUGCUGCUGUAUUCUUUCCGUAGAAGAACACUGGAAAAAAUAGUAUUUGAUUUAAUAUUUGCUUCUCAAAAACAAACAUGCAAACAAAAAUCCACCUUCUCUGGUAAUAGCUGGAACAGUAUAGUAACCAAAAGUUUGUGAAUAAAAUAUAUUUGGGUUCUCCUACUGUCUGACAUAAAAAGAUGUGGUGCAGCCAUAAGGGAAAGGGUACAGGGCACUCUGCAUUCUGGACAGAAUUCGGGCUGUUUCAGUUCUGUUCUUCCCUUCGUAUUUGUGGAACAAGUUCAGGCUCAUUCUGCAGGCUGAUUAUCACAGUGCUCUUCCUCAGCUACAUGGAAAAUAGCUUGCGGUGCUUUCCAGGGCCAGAAGAUGCUGUUCUCUGGAGCAGCUGUUUCUUUGAAGUUUCUUUGACAGGGCUGCUUUUAUCCCUAGUGAAGUAUUUCAUCAAACAGUGUCUGUAGAGUCAGACUACAAAAAGCUGCAGAUCUCCAGGUUCCCUGUUAUGGUUUUUUUGUGUGUGUGUGUUGUUUUUUUUUUAAAUCUGAUACCUAUUUUCACCUCUUCAGUCCUCGGAGGGUAAAUAAAAGGCCUCUUGACUCGUUUGGCUCAUCCUAGACGUGCUGUUCAUCUUAAAAUGUGUUAGCAGCUCCCUCUACACACCUCUGCACACGCCUAUUCCAGCAGGAGGGACUGCCCCAUUUCCAGGAGGUCAGCUACACACACUGCAAGACAGAGCUGUGACUCUGGGAAGGAUUUGAAUGGAGAUUCCUUUGCCAGUAUUACUCUUGAUUCGAGCAGAGGACUUCGUGUCAUGUUCUGCUUACUGCUGUCGUUCACAGUUCUGUGAGAGUGGGACAGCCAGUACCACUCUCAUUUGCAGUUUUAUUUUUGCAUCUCAAUUGAAUGUUCUUGGUGCACAGAGAGCAUGGAUAGGAUCCUCCUUUUUAUAUCUCUCUCCUUCUGUUUCUUUAAGUGCUUCCCCGAACUGCAGGAUGUUUCAUUUUUCCUCCAUGUUUUAGGCUGUGCAUCCAUUCAUGUCUGAAUGAGGAGUAAGACACUACACCUUGUAGUAUCCUGAGUGAGUAGCUAUCACAGUGAGAGCAAAAUGAGUACCAAUUAAUGGUACCAAUUAAUGGAAAGCUAAGCAAAUGUUCAUAGGGUAGGAUUUUUUUCUGCCAACUGCCCCUUUUGUAUACUCUGAGAAUCUUCAUCAAGGGACUUGAGAGUGAACCAGCUGUCAACAUAUAAACGCAGACAUUUAUCUGAAGUCCUCUGCUGUUGUGCUUAGAUGCUUCUGCUGGCUGUGCUUAUGUGAUGGAUUCUGAGCUGAUCCUCUGUUGACAAGUACUGUUGUAACACCAUUCCAUCCUCUGAUGGCAGGUACUGAUGGCAGUGCAAACACCUCCCUAGCUGUGGCCCUGCAUCUCCAUCAGCUGCAGAGUGCAGGUAAGGGUGUUCCCCUUUACAGCAGAGAGACUGCACUUGGGGUGGGGCCCUCCCACAUUGGUCAAGUACCAGUUAUGAAAGCAAAAACGUGUGGACUGUUAGGACAUUAGGAGGGGUUCUUAUGUGAUUCUGUUCUGUAUUCUGGGCCUUUCUUACUAAUGCUGCUGUACGUGUGUUUGCAUACGUGCACGUGUGCACCCAUCCGUGAUCUGACUGUCUUCUGAUUCUUCUGAGAUGGGAUUACUGCACUGUACAGUGUGCAGAGAGAAUGUGGGAGAAUGAUCCCUUGAGCUAUAAAUAUAUUUUGUACAGAGAAACAUGGAAAAUGUGGUAGAAUUUUGAAUUCAUUUUUGUAAUAAAUACCUCUUUCAAGCA